UUCGUGCUACAUUUGUCGUGUGGAGCUGCCUGCUGUCGGAUUCGCCCAGUCGUUUGUCAACCGUUUGUCAGCGUUUGCCGUGUGCGCCGUGAGCGCUUGUUUUUGCACAAGAGUCAGCAGGGAAAAUAAUUUAAUACAAUCGUUUUGUGUGUAGAGAUAGCAUCAGGAGCCGUGAAUUGAGUCGAAUCUGAAGCUCAAUUGAACAAAAAGAGAAAAGAACGAACGAAUCAAUUUCGCUAAAUUACUUUGUGCCCACAACUAAAUAGUCGAGUUCCGAGUCGAAGCGCGUCACGUCCCUUCUGGCUGUGUGUUUCAAUUGGAAGAGCAUCAUCAUCAUCGUAGAAUUGACAACAAUUAAAAGAAUCGAAUAAAAAUGCAGUACAUCUAUGUGAUUAGUGCGCUGAUUCUGGCCGUAGCCGUGCAGCAAGGCUAUGCCAUCAAAUGCUUUGUCUGCAAUAGCCAUAAAGAUGCCAACUGUGCACUGGACAUACCGCCAGAGAAUUUGCUAAAGGACUGCGAUGAGCAGUACUCGUCUCGUGGCAAGGGGAUACCCACCUAUUGUCGCAAGAUCACACAGAUCAUUGAGUUCUCUGUGAACAGCCUGCCCCCAGAUAGCCGCGUGAUACGGACCUGCGGAUAUCAGAACCAGACCUCGACCAACUAUUGCUAUUCGCGUGCCGGCUUUGGCGGGCGCCAGGUGGUCUGCUCCUGUGAUACGGACAAUUGCAAUGGCGCUGCCACGAUGAGUGCCUCCACGGUGGGUGUGGUGGCCAUGGUGGGUCUCCUGCUGGGCGCCUUCCAGUGGCUGCAGCGUUAGGACGGCCGUAGGAGACGCGAGGAGCCGCCUCAGUUGUGUUUUUUUGGUUUGUUUUUUCGUCGAUUCAUCAUCCAACCAAAUGUUUUUUUUUUGUUUUCGUAUUGUUGCUGACUCUCUUUAACUUCUGUGACACUUCUGUGAAACCCGUUGCCGCUUUACCCUCUCACCCUCCCAUCAAGAUGGUCCACACGUAGAGAGCUGCCACAGAGCUUGCUCUGUCGCAGCAUGAUUUUGUAACAUUUUUGAAUGGAGAACCGUAAAAAGCUUUAUACGAAACAUUAAAUAAACGAGAGAAUUGCUUAAGUUGUAAAUGUAUAUAAAAAAAAAAAAGAGAUCAUGUUACAUUUGGCCAAUAUAAUCGUUCAAAUCUAUUUUACACAGUAUGAAUUUUGAAACUAAUGUACGAGAAUACGAGUAUAAUAUAACGAUAAAAACUAAAACCUACCGCAGUUAAAAAGUAUUUAAAGAAAUCCAAUUAAACCAAACGAAAUAAAAGUCAAAGGAGGCCCCAAACUAACAGUAGUAAAUAAACUAUAAAUGUUAACACUCUUUGUCUAAGUUUCUCUAUUUUUAUUUUCAUAAGACUUAAAAUUAACAAAACAAAAACAAACAAAAAAUGGAAGAAAAUCUAAAGAAAUUUCUAAAAAAUUAAACCGCUAAACAAACGAAAAAGUAUUUAAAUGGCAGCAAAAGCCGUGAAAAAGCAUUAAACACACACUUUAUAGUAUAAUUAGAAAAGAAGCUAAAGUAAGAAUCAAGAAAUGAAAAUCCCCUUAACCCAAAACCAUACCCAUUCCUAGAUUAGUUGAAGCACGCUUGAAGGACACCACACAGCCAGAGGCCAAGCGAAAACAACGCCCCCAUCUAACGCACUCCCCAAAACGAAAAAAAAGAAAAUAAAAACACUCGUUGUUGUAACCAACUGCCAAAAACGGAAAA